AGCCAAUAAUAAUUCAAUGGCCAUCCCUGAUCAGCAGCAGCAGCCGUGCAUUCUGUGACUGUCCGUAACCGCCGCUCUUAUAUUUAUCCCUUCCAAAAUUAAACACUGCUGGCUAAUCUCAGCACUUUUUAUAGACCCAUCGAUCUCCGGCCGGUUCCCACAACUUAACAAGUCCAUCUUCCACAUCAAGCUUGCAGUGUCUGUGGAUAGUUCAUCAGUAGUUUUGGGUAUAGGAGAUGGCGCUGUCUCGCCGCAUGGCCGCACCCGUCCUCUUCGUCGUCGUCCUCCUCGCCGUCGCUGCCUCAGAGACGGCAACUGCGAGGGUGGUCGCAGAUGAGACGCACUGCCUGUCACAGAGCCACACGUUCAAGGGCAUGUGCUUCAGCAGCGAGAACUGCGCCAGCGUGUGCAAGUCGGAGAACUUCCCCAGCGGCGAGUGCAAGAUGCACGGCGCCACCAGGAAGUGCUUCUGCAAGGUGGUCUGCUAGUGCACGCACGCCGCCCCAUCUCUGCAGGAGGAACGGCGCAAGCAGCCAUGCAUGUCGAUUACGUUAUUUUUUCAUCGUCCUUGAGGCCCAGCAGGAGGAUACCUGGGGUGUUCGUCCGUGCUGGCUGGGACACUUCAUUUAAUUCUUUGUCCAUGAAGAAAUUUACAAUAUAGUCCCUUAUUUGCCAUCGGUGUAUAUAUCAGCGCACCACCUAUGUCGCUGAUCGCAGUUAGGGUCAUGUAAUUCGCAAUAUUUCCUAACUAUUUCAUAGCCAAUUUAAUGUUGAGAUUAAAGCAGUGCAAA